GGGACGUGCGGCGCGAGCGGCCGGAGCUCCGAGUCCCCCCGGCAAGGCGGCCAGAGGCGCGCGGCGGCCGAGCGGCGGCAGGGACCUUGGGGCUCAACUGAAGCCAGGUGCCGGCCACAACGGGGCUGUUUCUUUGGUGCCCAGGCGCGUGUCCCAGGCGUCCUGGUGCAGGAAGAGCCCAGGACGGAAUGCAAUCGCUCCUCUCCCGCCCCGCCCGCCUGGAGCUGGUCUCUGAGGACUGGAAGUCUGGCUAGUUAACUAGCCAAUCUCCCCGGAAGGCGAACCUACAGGCUCUGGAGUUGGAGGCCACCACCGCGAACCUCAGGGACACGGCCUGCCCUGGAAGCGCACGGGCCAGAGACCCAGGGUCCAAGGGACGCACAACCUGUCCUCCUGGCCAUGGGCGGCGCCGUGGUUGACGAGGGUCCCACCGGCAUCAAGGCCCCUGAUGGGGGCUGGGGCUGGGCCGUCCUCUUCGGCUGCUUCGUCAUCACGGGCUUCUCCUACGCCUUCCCCAAGGCGGUCAGCGUCUUCUUCAAGGAGCUCAUGCGUGAGUUUGGGAUCGGCUACAGUGACACGGCCUGGAUCUCCUCCAUCCUGCUGGCCAUGCUGUACGGGACAGGCCCACUCUGCAGCGUGUGUGUGAACCGCUUUGGCUGCCGGCCCGUCAUGCUCGCGGGUGGCCUCCUGGCAUCCCUGGGCAUGGUGGCUGCGUCCUUCUGCGGAAGCGUCAUCCAGCUCUACCUCACUACCGGGGUCAUCACCGGCUUGGGCUUGGCGCUCAACUUCCAGCCCUCCCUCAUCAUGCUCAACCGCUAUUUCAACAAGAGGCGCCCCAUGGCCAAUGGGCUGGCGGCCGCGGGCAGCCCCGUGUUCCUGUGCGCCCUGUCCCCACUGGGGCAGCUGCUGCAGGACCACUAUGGCUGGCGGGGCGGCUUCCUCAUCCUGGGGGGCCUCCUGCUCAACUGCUGCGUGUGCGCCGCGCUCAUGAGGCCCCUGGAGGCAUCCCGGCCGGGUUCGGGGCCCGGGCCCCAGCGGCCAGCCAGGCGGCUGCUGGACCUGAGCGUCUUCCGGGACCGUGGCUUUGUCAUCUACGCCGUGGCCGCCUCCAUCAUGGUGCUGGGGCUCUUUGUGCCCCCCGUGUUCGUGGUGAGCUACGCCAAGGACCUGGGUGUGCCCGACACCCAAGCUGCCUUCCUGCUCACCGUCCUGGGCUUCAUCGAUAUCUUCGCCCGGCCCGCCGCGGGCUUCAUCACGGGGCUUAAGAAGGUGCGACCGUACUCCGUCUACCUCUUCAGCUUCUCUAUGUUCUUCAACGGCUUCACGGACCUCACGGGGUCCACGGCCAGCGACUACGGUGGCCUGGUGGUCUUCUGCAUCUUCUUCGGCAUCUCCUACGGCAUGGUGGGGGCCCUGCAGUUCGAGGUGCUCAUGGCGAUCGUGGGCACCCAGAAGUUCUCCAGUGCCAUUGGCCUCGUGCUGCUGCUGGAGGCCAUUGCCGUGCUCAUUGGGCCCCCGUCGGGCGGCAAGCUCCUGGACGCGACGCACGUCUACCAGUACGUGUUUCUCCUGGCAGGGGCCGAGGUGCUGGCCUCCUCCCUCGUGCUGGUGCUGGGCAACUUCUUCUGCAUCAAGAAGAGGCCCGAGGCGGCUGUGGAGGAGGGGGAGCGCCACAAGCCCCCCGCGGACGUGCGGGUGGACUCUCGGGAGGUGGAACACUUCCUGAAAGCAGAGCCUGAGAAAAACGGGGAGGUGGUUCACACCCCAGAGACGAGCGUCUGAGCGGAGGAGGCCAGCAGGGGUGAGGGAACCGGACAGAGACUUCAAGGCUCGUGUUUAUUUCACAAACAGGACCGGCUUGGGUGGGGCCGUCCGUGUGUCUCGGGGGGCUGGUGAGGUGGGGACCGUGUCAUUCCAAAGCAGGUCUGUGGUACAGCCAAGCCUCGAGGUCACAAGCCGUCUGCACCGGGACACAGCCUGCUGACCCCAGAGCAGCCUGGUGCCCACCGCUGUGCUCAGGGACCCAGAAACCCAUGCUUCAGAGACAACACGACCGGGGUCAGGGGCGGAGCGGCACCGUCUCGGGAGAGACCCCCCCCACCCCGUGUGGCUGGCUGCACCCCGUCCCGCCCCACCUCCACCACGGCGCUCUAGCCCGCCCCUCGCCGAGUGUUGGGGGACAAAUCUCCCUUCCUCCGCUUCUGAAGGUCUGAAAUAAACCCGCGUAUGGGAGGAGCCACCUUGGAAGGAA